GUUCUGUUUCAGAGAGAAGACUACAUAUCGGUACUCAUUCAAGGGAUUCUAUGUAAAGAGAGAUUAUUUCAUCACAGUUUCAGGUCUUGAAAGCUUUCAGCAAACUGGAUCAAGUGGCAGAAUAACUUGGAACAAUCGUCCAUCAUGAACGCAUUUAAAAAAGGUUGAAAGAAAUACAAGAAGAUCAUGGGGAAUUCGUAUGCAGGGCAACUGAAAUCUGCCCGUUUUGAAGAAGCUCUACACAACUCAAUAGAAGCCUCUUUAAGAUGUAACACUGUUGUUCCUCGCCCCAUCUUCUCUCAGCUUUAUCUAGACCCUGACCAGCCACCUAUUUCGCCGGAAGGUAACCAAGCAAAUGUGAAGCCAAAAGUAGAGGAACUAGACAAAGAACUGAUGCACCGUUACACCCAGAAUGGAAGCUUGGAUUUUUCCACUAGCCAAACUAUUAAUGAAAUGGAUGAAGAUGAGGAUGAGGAAGAUAUGUCUGAUUCCAAUAGUCCACCAAUUCCCUAUGCACAAAAACCUGCCCCAGAAGGGUCUUGCACUACUGAUGGUUUUUGUCAAGCAGGCAAAGAUUUGCGGUUAGUAUCACUGUGUAUGGAACAGAUUGAUAUCCCAGCAGGUUUCCUGUUGGUGGGAGCCAAGUCUCCAAACCUUCCUGAGCACAUUCUAGUCUGUGCUGUUGACAAGAGGUUUCUUCCAGAUGACCAUGGAAAAAAUGCACUUUUAGGUUUUUCUGGAAACUGUAUAGGCUGUGGAGAAAGAGGAUUUCGAUAUUUCACUGAAUUUUCCAACCACAUUAAUCUGAAGCUCACCACUCAGCCAAAGAAGCAGAAGCACUUAAAGUACUACCUAGUAAGAACCUCUCAGGGUGUGCUGUCAAAGGGACCCCUUAUAUGCUGGAAAGAAUGUAGAAGCAGGCAAUCUUCUGCUACUAGCCAUUCUGCUAAACCUAGUUCAUCAGCAUCUCCGUCCUUGACCCCUGAGAGUGGAGCAGCUAAUGGAUACAAGCCAGGGUUUACUCAAACAGACUCCUCGGUAUUCAGUCAAGCACAAUCUUCCUCUGCUGUUAAUUUAAGUGGAAUUCAAGAUUUAUCACGGAAUAAGAACAUAGUGAGACCACUUGCUUUGCCUGUGCAACUUGUAGGAAACACAUUUGCAACAGCUCCCUUGUCUCUCCGUGCUUCUGACGUUGCUAGUGGAAACAACAGUGGAGGAAGGCUUAAUGUGAUGAGCUCUACAAUCGCUCGCCCUGUGCCUCAUUCAAUGUCUCCUGGGCCAAGCUGUGUAGCUGGGGAGCAAGCAUCCAUGUCCAGUUCUGGGCCACCAAAGAAACGUCACCGAGGAUGGCCGCCUGGAUCACCAGUCCCUCCACCUGGUUUAGUUGUGCCUGUCCCUGCAAUUCGGCCUCUUCCAAGAGCAGAGCCUCUAUUGUCAGUUCCAGUUCCUCAAUCAAUGUUAACUGGAAUUUUACAGCCUCAGCCCAUCCCUGCAGGGGAAACUGUAAUAGUUCCUGAAAAUCUGCUGAAUAACUCAGGAGUCAGACCAGUGAUUCUGAUAGGUUAUGGCACUUUACCCUAUUUCUAUGGGAACGUUGGAGACAUUGUAGUAAGUCCCUUGCUAGUGAACUGCUACAAGAUUCCUCAGCUGGAAAGCAAAGAUUUGGAUCUCUUUGGAUUGACUGGGAGUCAAUUACUAACCGUGGAGAAUAUGAUUGUUUUAACAAUACAGUAUCUUGUCCGGCUAGGUCCUGAUAAGAUACCUCUCAGGGAAGAAUUUGAACAGAUCAUGCUGAAAGCGAUGCAGGAAUUUACUUUAAGAGAGCAGUCCUUACAAAUGAGUUCUCAGUGCUUCUCCUUGUCACCAACUCAACUCCCAUGGCUUGCCAGGUUAAUUGCCAGCGUCUCUCAGGACAUGGUGCACGUGGUGGUCUCUCAAAAUUCCUUGGCUGAAGGCAUCUCAGAAACACUGAGAUCUCUGAGUGAAAUGAAGUGCCAGCAAAGAUUACCAGAUUAUGUGGUUGCAAUCUGCACCUCAAAGAUCCGGGGUAACGAAUUCUGCGUAGUAGUUUUAGGACAACACCAGUCUAGAGCAUUGGCAGAGAGCAUGCUUACUACUAGUGAGUUUUUAAAGGAGAUCAGUUAUGAGCUCAUUACUGGAAAAGUUAGUUUUCUGGCAUCACAUUUCAAAAACACAUCUUUAGGUGAUGAACUGGAUAAGUUGCUAGAGACAAUGCAGCAGAAACGAGGAGAUAAUGUUAUAAUUCCAUUCAAUGGAGAUGUUAAUGAAUGUGUGUCAUCUCAAGAAGCAGCUGCCAUGAUUUACACCCAAGAACUAGAUUUGGACACUGAAACCUUCCAGAUUUAUCAGCCUCAGCUCACAAUUGCCAGAAAGCUCUUGUCACAGGUAUGUGCCAUAGCAGACAGUGGUAACCAAAGCCUGGAUCUGGGUCACUUCAGCAAAGUAGAUUUCAUCGUUGUGGUCCCUCGAUCAGAAGUGUUGGUCCAACAAACCAUUCAACGGAUUCGACAAUCAGGUGUUCUUGUAGACUUGGGCCUUGAAGAAAAUGGAGCAGCUUACCAAAGAGCUGAAAAAUAUGUGGUGCGGCUAGACAAUGAGAUUCAAACCAAGUUUGAUGUUUUCAUGAGACGGGUGAAGCAGAAUCCAUACACGCUUUUUGUGCUGGUACAUGACAAUGCCCAUGUAGAUCUGACAAGUGCCAUUUCAAGCUCUCUCUCCCAUGGAGAGCCUAGCUAUGGAUUUGCAGACAGAGUGAUAAAUUGCAGAGAGGUCCUUGAAGCUUUCAAUCUCCUUGUUCUCCAAGUGAGUUCUUUCCCAUAUGGCCUUCAAACAAUUCAGUCCAGAAUCAGUUCGGCCAAUGAAGUACACUGGAUACAAUUUGGCAAUAUGGAGGAGCUUAGCCAAGAUGAGAAGCUUUAUUUUGGCUUGAAUGAAUACAGCAAGUCUCUCCAAUGGGGAAUUACAAGCCCACUUCUGAGAUGUGAUGAAACCUUUGAAAAAAUGGUGAAUACACUCUUAGAGAGGUACCCCAGGCUGCACAGCAUGGUGAUCCGCUGCUAUCUGCUUAUUCAGCAGUAUCUGGAAGCUUUAAUGGCUCUCACCACCAUGGCCUCACUCAGGAACCACAGCACACCUGAGAUCCUCAGCAUCAUGGAUGAUAUCAUCACCACACCUGGCAAGGAUAAGAAUGGCCGUGGCCACAUGCUAGUUAUUAGGAUUCCCUCUGUGCAGUUGGCAAUGCUGGCAAAAGAGCGGCUGCAAGAAGCACGAGAUAAACUAGGCCUGCAGUAUCGUUUUGAGAUCGUCUUGGGGAACCCGGCAUCAGAGCUUACUAUUGCCAAGCACUUUGUGAAGAGAUUAAAGGCAUGGAGAGGAAAUGAACAGGAUGAUUGGUUUCCUCAUACAUACCAAGAUUUAGAAGGUCUGCCUUGUAUUGUUGUUUUAAGUGGCAAAGACCCACUAGGAGAAACAUUUCCCAGGUCUUUGAAAUACUGUGAUCUUCGACUGAUUGAUUCAAGCUAUUUAACUCGCACUGCCUUAGAACAAGAAGUAGGACUGGCAUGCUGCUAUGUUUCAAAGGAAGCAAUUCGAGGGCCUAUUGUGGCCCUUGACCUUAGUGAGAAGGCGCAGGAGAAGGCCAACGUUGGUGAGAAUGAUGCUGAUGAGCUAUCGAUUGACUUGGAGAGACCUCACAGUAACAGCAGUGCUGUGACUGGAACUUCAGGUUCUGUAGCAGAAAAUGGUGUGAGCUCUUCCAGUGCCACAGACAAAUCUCAGAAGCCACCAUCAUCCCUAAACUUCCAGAAUGUUGCCAAUAGCUCAGUCAAUGAAGCCUUUGCUGCUGGGGAGACUUUGAAACAAGAAUGUGACUCUCUAGGCAACCAGAUAGCAAGCAGUACCACUUCAAAAUUGUCAGCAGCAUCCUCUUCUGUCAGUCAGACAUUCCGGUGGUCUAGCCAAACUAUGAAGGAACACAACGCCUUGCGUGUGGCCUUACCCCGUAUUGUGAUUUUGUCUAAAGCUGCCUACUGCCUCCUGGGCCCACAGAAAAGUGGGCACCCGCCUUUCUCUUCUUCCCUCUUGCCUCAUGCCGAUGUGUCUUGGGUAAGCUCUUUGCGGCCUGUGCUGCACAAGGACAUGAGCAGUGAAGAGCAGUCAUUGUACUAUAGGCAGUGGACUGCAGCACGGCAACACCAUGCAGACUACAGUAAUCACAAUGAAACCACUGGCAUCAGAAGCUUUCAUCCGCGACGGCUACUUCUGACAGGACCUCCACAGGUUGGGAAAACUGGCUCUUAUUUACAGUUCCUACGAAUUCUUUUUCGCAUGCUAAUAAGAUUGCUGGAGGUGGAUGUGUAUGAUGAGGAAGACAUUAAUAUCAGUCAUGUAGAUGACAAAGAAGUUGCCCAGUCUAGCAAUGAUCAGUGGCCAGAUGUUGAAAUAAUCAGUAAAAUGACCUUUGACCUAAGUGUACAUGACCCUAAAUAUAUAUUUAUGAGUCCAGUGUAUACAGAACAGCUGCAAAAAAUAAAACAAGAACCAAGCAAAGAAAUCAAAGCUGAGGAACCCAGAAAACGGAAUACUGUAUCUAUGAUGUUGACAAAGUAUGCAGCUUACAAUACAUUCCAUCACUGUGAACAGUGCCAUCAAUACAUGGAUAUAAAUACUUCUGCUUUGAUGUCUGACUCCACGCUACAUGCAUUUACAUUCUCAUCCUCAAUGUUAGGAGAAGAGAUACAGCUUCAUUUUAUAAUCCCCAAAUCCAAAGAAAGCUAUUUUGUCUUCAGCAAGCAGGGCAAGCAUUUGGAAAGUAUGCGUCUUCCUCUUGUCUCUGAUAAGAAUGUGAAUGCAGUAAAGAGUCCUAUUUUCACUCCUUCAAGUGGGCGCCAUGAGCAUGGCCUCUUGAAUCUUUAUCAUGCUAUGGAAGGCAUCAACCACCUCCAUCUUCUUGUGGUCAAAGAAUAUGAAAUGCCACUUUACCGCAAGUACUGGCCCAACCAUAUCAUGCUGGUUUUGCCAGGCAUGUUCAACAAUGCUGGAGUUGGUGCUGCCAGAUUCCUUAUUAAGGAACUUUCUUACCAUAACUUGGAACUGGAGAGAAACCGUCUGGAGGAGCUAGGAGUCAAGCGUCAGUGUGUCUGGCCAUUUAUUGUUGUCAUGGAUGAUUCCUGUGUCUUAUGGAAUAGUCAUGGUGUCCAAGAACAGUCAAGUCAGUCCAUGGAUGAAGGAUCAACCAGUAAGAAUGUAUCUCUGAAGAGUGUUCUACAACACAUUGAAGCCACACCAAAAAUUGUUCAUUAUGCAAUCCUGGGCAUUCAAAAAUGGAACAGCAAGUUAAAUUCCAAACCACCCAAAGCUCCCUUCUCUAGAUGCCACAUACAUGACUUUAUACUGCUCAACAUAGAUCUGACCCAAAAUGUGCAAUAUGACCUAAACAGGUAUUUCUGUGAAGAUGUAGAUUUUAACCUGAGAACAAAUAGUAGUGGUCUCCUUAUCUGUUGCUUUAACAACUUCAGUCUCAUGAAGAAACACAUCCAGGUUGGGGGUCAAAAGGACUUCGAUAUUAAGCCUAAAGUCAUGGUAUCAGAGAGUUUGACUCCAAUAAUGCCUCUUCAGUAUGUCUGUGCUCCAGACAGUGAGCACACACUCCUGGCAGCUCCAGCACAGUUCCUUUUAGAGAGGUUCCUUCAACAUGCCACAUACAAGCUUUUCCCGAAGGCCAUUCAUAACUUCAAAAACCCUGUUUUGGCUGUUGACUGCUAUCUGAACAUUGGGCCUCAGGUAGCUCUUUGCUAUGUCAGUUCACGGCCACACUCUGUUAAUGUCAACUAUGAAGGGGUGUUUUUCAGUGGACUUCUCCUAUAUCUUUGUGACUCCUUUGUAGGAGCUGAUUUUCUCAAGAAGUUCAAAUUCCUGAAAGGUGCAACCCUGUGUGUCAUUUGCCAAGACAGGAGCUCCUUGCGUCAAACUAUAGUUCGUUUAGAGCUGGAAGAUGAAUGGCAGUUUCGUCUGAGAGAUGAAUUUCAAACUGCUAACAGUAGUGAUGAUAAGCCCCUCUAUUUUCUGACUGGACGCCAUAUAUAAGCUUGAGAAAAUGACAAAGGAAGAGAAGAAAACUUGACAAGUCUGAUUGUGCGUUUUUUCCUCCUUUCAUUUAAAGUACAAUCACUGUGGAGCAAAGUGCAACCAAUACUUAUGUUCACUACUAUAAGGAUUUCCCAGAUUCUGGACCAGUCUUUAUAUGUUUCUUUCUAUUAUGAUGGAAAGAAUAUUCAUUCAAGCUAAUUUCUCAUGGGUCACCAUUACAGAACAUUAUGGUAUAUCAGCUGUGGCCCAAAAUAAGGAGAUGUGUAGAUGCCGAGUCUCCUGAGCUCUUCAUACUGUGUUAAACAGGGGUAAUUAAACUGACUUUUGCUCUGUAUCAGCUUGAAUACAUUUUAUGAGGUUCACACUAGGAAUGUGGAAUAAUUUGAAGAUAAUAUACUGAGGAAUGCUUUGUUUCUCUUCGUAUCUGUACUUUUGAUACGUUAUAACUCAGGGGUUUGAAACAACAAAGUAUCAUAGAUGUUUGUGCUUAAAAGAGUAAUCUUUGUUCACUUUCUGUGCAGUGUUAGCUUAAGGUUUGUAAUUUUAUAUGUAUUGAAUUUGUUUUGGCAAAAUUUCCACAAAAGUUUAAAAGUUUACUACAUAAGCCUGAACAAAUCAAUGAAUGUACAGCAGGCAUUGUACGCAAAUGCAGGUUUGGUUAACAACUUUUGGGUACCCAUUGUUGAUCUGAAUCCAGAUAUCCUUAUGCACGGACAGAACUGAUCCCCUGAACAGUAUCAGCUUCUUCUAUGUCAGUAUAGAAAAUUACACACACAGACAUACACACAAAAGCUGCACGCAGAAACCUUUUUCUGCAUACAGAUUAUACUUAACUGUAGUUUGAAAAGCAUCUAUCAGCCAGGUGAAGAAGAUUGCUUAUGCAUACUGUCUCCGCAGAGUAUUUAAACUCCAUCAAAAUAAUUCCAUCCUCAGUGUGUUAUCAGAUACUGUUUUGAAGUGUCUAAGCAACCUUACAUGGCAGAAAUUUGUUGAUUACAAGCAUUAUAAUCAUCUGCAGUCAGUGUCUCGUUUGAGCCACUGGUCCUUUGAGUAAAGAACACUCUACACUAUUUAUGCUCUCUUAUUGAGAGCAUUUACUGUUCCCCUAAGGAUGGAUAGAUCAUCAAACAGAAAUUAGGCAUCAUGGUUCAUGAUGCAGUUAAUGACAAAAACAAAGCAAACCACAGGCUGUUGCAGCUAACAGCUAAGAUUCAGCAAGAAUACUGUCAGAGUGCAAGUUCCCACCAGCAUACUUAUGGCACUGACUAGGGGCGGGGUGGGGUGAUGGUUGUGUCUUGGCCCCCAUCUCCUAACUGCCCAGCAGCUCUGUCUCCCAUGCCACUGGCCCCUGGGCCAUGUUCGUGCAUAUAGAGAACAUGGUGUUUUUUAUUUCUCACCUCAGAAUAUGAUGGCUCCUUCUUCCCCAGGUGCUCAAGGACAGUGGGAACACAUCUGGGCAUGCACACACCCACUAAUCAGCAGUGGGAGAAAAACUGUGCCUGCAACCCCACAGCUGCCAUUCUACAGGCAGGACAAGGGGUGAUAUACAAUGAGGUACUGGGUACUUUCUUGCGCAGCACCCCCCACAAAAGGUGUAUUAUCACUUACAUGAUUAUAGCCAUUAUAUUAUUUAGAAUUCACUUUCAAGUGAGUUGGGACCACAACAUGAGCCAUCUUUUUGUAAAUGUCUUGAACACACCUGGAAAAGUUGACCAGUUUGUUUUAAAGGCUUAAGAUUUGAUCCAAGCAUCAGUCGCACUGACUCAUGUAGCCUUGUUUUCUUCACCCUUACAUGACAUAAGGAUAUGCAGGUAGAGUGAAAGAAAGGGAAAGUUAGUAACCUUUUUGAAUACUUCUAUGUGAUCUAAUAUCCCUUACCUAAAACAUAUUGAGUAUUCCUCAGAAGAAACUUGACAAUGAGGGCUGUGGAAGAGGCACAAAGACCCUCUCCAUCUGCAGUGCUUGCUUACACUGUCUGCAUAUCUGCCUCUUCUGUGGGAGAAUGAGGACAACUAAAGUCUACUGAAAAUCUUUCGCAUGCAAGUACUGCAUGUGUGUCUGACUGGAACAACAUGCUUUUGGCCUGUUUGAAAAGGAAAGGUGUGUCAAAAUAACAUUAUUUAAGUAGGCACUGAAUUAUUUUAGAAUGAAUUUCUUUGCACCAGCACUUUGUGCUGUGAAAUAUUCUGAGUUUAAAUUUAAAUAAGUUUAGUACAAUCAGGUCUUCAUACUGUAGUUAGCAGUGAUGCGGUAAAUUCAUUUUCUUUUUCCUGCUCCCUAAUCAGAUACCCCCCCCCAUCAGCUUCUCUCAGUUAUCCUUUAUUAUAUUGAUAGUUCUUCCUUCACACACAUCCUCACACUUCUUUGUGUUGCACAAAUGUUUUAAGAAUGGCAGCCUGUUUCAUAUGAUGGUGAAAAUUAUAUUCAUUUGGUGCAUUAUAUCUGUUAUGCUUUACACAUGUACCUGCAUUCAGUUAAGAAGCACCUGCCAAAGCUGCAUUUAGAACAAAGUGUUAAAUAAUGCAACUUUUUUUACCUUGUGAAAAAGCUGUUUACAAAUAACAAAAAGCAUAAUAUAUUGAAGUUGAAAAGGGAAGUAAUGGUUUUCAAACCAAUUGUUUUUAUUAUAGUUUUACUUAAAUGUAGCAUAUUUCAAAUGAACAACUGUUUACUUUAGUAUAGAUUAUUUGGGAUUUUUUGUACCCAUACAAAAUCUGCCUUAUAAUUUAGUGAAUACUUUUACAUUGUUGGUAGAUGCUUAUAUACCAGUUACAGUUAGAGGCUGUUAAGACUGCUGUAUUCACUGGACAGCCUACAGAUGCAUGACAAAUACUGUACUGACAUUCUAGGGGUAACAUUGUUCUAGUUGUUGAUUGAAUUUAAUACCUACAUAAUAUGAAUGUAGUUUGUGAGUUUCCAAAGAGCUGCCAUUUUCUUGCAAAUUUUGCAGCCGUAAAGCUUUCAAAAUCUUCUUUGUAUAUUUGAUGUUUGCACUAAGUUCUUAAAAAUUCCAGGUGCUGAGACUUACAUAAUUAGACCCUAGGUAAAGGAGGUACAGACAUCUCUGUAGGCUGGGAACUUGGAGACUAAGGGCCUUUUCACACAAUUUGGGGGUAUGGGGCCACAUUUGUGAGAAUGUGUUUGUUUGUUUCUGAACAAGUUCCCAGAAAAAUGUACUAUAUCCUAGGUAUUGUAUUUUCUUAUCCUUACACAAUCCAUCACUUUGUAGACAUGUUGCUUUUUUUAAGAAAUGCAUUUAGAUAAAAAAAAAAACAGUUGCAUGAAGCAUUUACACUCAAGUACUAUCCAGAUCAGGCAAGGUUUAUUCGUUUUUUAAAAAAAAGAAUUUCUACUUGUGCACUCCCUGUUGAGCAACUUGUGCAGAACUAUGAUUUUUGUUGUUUUGUUUAUCACUGUUGGAUGCAUACAGGUUCACUACUCACUAUUCAUUCACUACUCAUCAUUUCACUAAGGAAAGCUUUGUAUGAUUGUGUGGAAAGAUCCUAAAUGCUUUCUCCUAUAUUGGACAAGAACAAUUGAUUAUUCAAAACAAUGUGACUAAGAUAAGAAAGAAGAGUUUGGAUUGGAACCUUUUUAGUAAGUGUAUUCACACAGUAAUCAAGGUGAUACAUUAAUACGUCCUCUUUGAGAUGAUAUAUGGGAGAAACAAAUCAGCGCAACUUACCAAAUGCUACCAUGUUGUUAUUUUUGUUACAAGCCUCACCAGCAAGAGAAUGACAUGAAUGUAUUCAAUAGGCCAGCAUUAUUUUACCUGCAGACUUGUUCAAAAUGAGUAGGUGACAGGUCACAGGUUAUACUGAAUGUAAUCUGUAAUUAUAAAUAAAUUGCUCGCAUAUCUCUGUAAUUUAUGCAGUGAUUUCUGUGAUCUCUGAAAAGGGGUUAAAUGUUGUGUUCUUAGGACUGAUUUUCACUUGACCAGUUUCCUACACACAUUAACUCUUCUCCCUAUGGGAGGGAGAAUGCACAUAAAACUAUAAUUUAACCAUAAGAUAAUGACAAAGGCCAGAAUCCAAUGGAAGACCACAGCUGCUGGUAGAAGUACUUCCAUCAGCAGAAUUAGGAACUCCUCCUCACUGCAGUCCCAUGCACCCAAACACCUGCUCUAGAAGGCUGGGAAAACCUAUGGAGUCAUUUUCAGGUGGUAAAGAGGGCUACAUGAGGAAAGAGCAGAGAAAGUUCUGUUAGGCUGUUACUGCAGCAUCAGUACGACACUGGAUUUCAGCUACUACAUUACAUGCAAACUUGGCUAUAGCUUCCCAAAGCCUGUGUAUGUAAUAAACUGAGCCCUGGUGGCGCAGUGGUUAAAUGCCUGUACUGCAGCCACUCACUCAAAACCACAAGGUUGUGAAUUCAAGACCAGCAAAAGGGCUCAAGCUCAACUCAGGCUUGCA